CAAUGAAUUGUUCAAGGGUGUGAUGUUUUACUCUCCCUCUGUCGUUUAGAAUGACACUGGCAUAGAAGAAAUUCACUAUUGCCUCACUGUUAAGAACACUGAAAGUGUGGUAAAAAGGCCUACACUCCUCUAAAUUGUGAUAUACUAAUGGAUGAUAAUAUUUUGACACUAUUCAAAACAUACAUUGGAGAUUCAUAUGUCAAAAGAUGGCAAGAAAGAUCUACUAAGAAAAAGAAGAAACUUAUGGCUGUGUUAGAACAAGGACGACUUCCAGAAAUUGGAUUUUCUGAAACUGAUAUUGAGGCAUUAUUUUUACAAAUAUCAUCUUUGGAUUCAAAUAAUUGGGAUAAUUCGGUAGGUGUUGGUGAGCGUGAAGGGCGAGUACUUGUCGAUUUUAUUCGUCGACGUCAUUAUGGAUUUACACAUGGUAUUGGUCGAUCAGGAGAUGUGACAGCAAUUCAGCCUAAAGCACCUGGUUCAAGCUUAAUUUGUCGGCUGACAAAUCAGUUGCUACUUGAUUGGCUAAGAAAAUCGGGCUCACCGAGUACCUCUCAAUGCUUUCUUGUUCCUAUGGCUACUGGUAUGUCAUUGACAUUGUGUCUACUGGCGAUGAAAAGACGUCGUCCACCAGGAGCUAAAUUUGUCCUAUGGUCACGUAUUGAUCAAAAGUCGUGUUUUAAAUGUAUGCUUGCUGCAGAUUUAAUACCAGUCCCAAUUGAAUUAAUCAAAGAUCCUAACAGUGAUCAAUUAUGUACAAAUCUCAAUGCUAUUGAAUUAGCAUUAAAUAAUCCGGCAAAAUAUUUAUAUGAUAAUUGGCCUAAAGUUGCACAAGCGUAUAAUAUAACUUCUACUAUGGUUGAUACUUCAAAUUCCAGUGAUAUUGUUUGUAUUCUGACGACAACAAAUUGUUUCUCACCAAGAGCGCCAGAUAAAUUACAUGCUGUAACAAAGUUGUGCCUUAAAUACAAUGUAUCCCACUUAAUCAAUAAUGCUUAUGGUGUACAAUCGCCUAGAUGUAUGCGAAUGAUUGAAUCAGCUGGUAAAUUAAUUACAACAGAUCAGAAAUCUAAUCCUCAAAAUAACGGGGAUUCCAAUCCAUCGAUUGACCUACUGUAUGUACAGAGUACAGAUAAAAAUUUAAUGGUACCUGUUGGUGGAGCUAUCAUUGCUGGAUUCUCUACAGAGUUGGUCAACUCUGUUGGCAAGCUCUAUCCAGGUCGAGCAUCAGGCACGCCAACAUUCGAUGUUCUAGCUACCCUGUUACAUAUUGGCUCUAAAGGUUGGAAUGAUUUAAUCCAUGCACAAUCAGUAUGCUUCAAUCGACUACAAGAAGCAUUGAAACAAUUAGCUGUAAAGCAUAACUUGAAACUGUUGGAUACACCUUCGAAUCCGAUUUCAUUAGCGCUUAGCUUAGACAGUCUUUUACCGUCAACUAAUGAAAGACGAAAAGAAGAUGAAGAACAAGAAGAGCAACAACAAGAAGGAUAUAACACGCAGAUUAGUAAUGAAAUGAAAGAGCUUGCAUCGCAUAUAACACAGAUUGGUGCUAAUCUCUUUACUCAAGGAUGUUCCGGUGUUAGGGUUGUCCUUCCAGCAUCAAUGCAAAAUCCAACUAAAUUAGAUGUCUACGAAUUCGCGGGAUUUAAUUCACACAGUUCAACAUCUACAUUGCCUUAUAUUAAUGCAGCUGCAGCAAUUGGUCAGAAAGAAUCUGAUGUUGAUAUCUUUAUUCAAAGACUUGAUAAAGCAAUAAAACAUUUAAAACGUACAAUACAUAAUAAAUGUAUUAAUAAUAAUAAUGAGAAUAAUGAUGAUAAUAAUAAUAAUAAUAAGACAGAUGAUAAUACUGAUUCAGCUAUCGAUUCUGAUACUCAUUUAAGCGCCAUAUGUUAAAAUCGUUAUUCAAUUCGAAUUAAUUAGUUCAGUAAAACAAAAUAUCAUUCAAUGUUCAAUUAGAUUGAUAAAUAUCUAGACUGUUGUAAUAUAUAUACAUAUAUGCAUGCAUAUUUAUUCUAUUCAUCUAAAGUUGUAUAAAUUAAUUUAUUAUUUUGUUUAUUUUUUAAUUAAUUAAUUAAUUUAAUAAUUUCAUUAUUUAUUUGCUGUACAUAUCAUUA